CAGCAGGGAGAUAACGGACAAACACUCGGCGAGAACUCCGCAGCGAGGGGAAGGGUUCACUGUUCAGCUCAAGGCUCCUCUGUUCUAAAUAAAGUAAUGAGGUAGAAAGUUAAAAAGUUAACCAACCCAACCCGGCUAUGGAACAGACUGGCACCGCCACGGUGAAGAUGGACCAGAAGUUUGAGGAGAUAGAUUCAGAGGGCCGGUGGCAAAAACUCUACUCAGAAAUCAGGAACCAGUCACACGAGUGCCCCUACAAAGUGGCAAAGUAUCCAGAGAAUCGCAACAGAAACAGAUACAGGGAUGUCAGUCCAUUCGACCACAGCCGGGUGAAACUGAAGAACACAGAGAAUGACUACAUCAAUGCAAGUUUGAUAGUGAUGGAGGAAGCCCAGAGAAGUUACAUCCUAACUCAGGGCCCCCUCAGGAACACCUGUGGUCACUUUUGGCUCAUGAUCUGGGAGCAGAAGACCAAGGCGGUCAUCAUGCUUAACAGGGUCAUAGAGAAAGGCUCGGAAAAGUGUGCCCAGUACUGGCCCACAGCAGAGGAAAGAGAGAUGGCUUUCAGAGACACACGUUUCUUGGUCACACUCUUGUCAGAAGACACCAAGUCUUACUACACCACCCGAGUGCUGGAGCUGCAGAACAUUCAUACAGGGGAGAAAAGGGAGAUCUACCACUUUCAUUACACAACGUGGCCUGAUUUUGGUGUUCCCGAAUCCCCGGCGUCCUUCUUAAAUUUCCUCUUUAAGGUGCGGGAGUCUGGAGCACUGGGGACGGAUCAUGGACCAGCAGUGGUGCACUGCAGCGCUGGCAUCGGACGCUCAGGGACGUUUUCACUAGUUGACACCUGCCUGGUCCUGAUGGACAGGAGGAAAGAUCCCUCAUCAGUAGACAUAAAGAGCAUCCUGUUGAACAUGAGAAAAUACAGAAUGGGUCUGAUACAGACUCCUGACCAGCUGCGAUUUUCAUACAUGGCUGUCCUUGAAGGGGCCAGGUUUAUUAUGGGAGACUCAUCGGUACAGAACCAAUGGCGAGAAUUAUCCAAGGAAGAUCACGAGCCGCCGUCGGAGUCUUCCCCCACAGCUCAGCCACAGCCCAGGUGUCCAACGGAGCAUUACAACGGCAUCCAGCAGGAAGACGGAGGGGACUACAGACAGGACGGCAAAGCAUCUGCACAGUCUCCCUGCAAGGAGCAGGAGCUCGAUGGCAGCACAGCACACAAACGACGCAGGGAAGACAGUAUCUCCAAAUCAAGCACAGCCAAGACACCCCAAAGCAAGUCCAGGACAAACGACUCUGAGAGGAAGAGAAAAAGAGUGAAAACCAGUGACUGCUAACCACCUCCACCUGCAGCCACAGCUCUGGCAGCAAAGCCAACAUCGGCAGGGAACUCCAGCUUUCUCCCAAACCUCCAAACCAAUCUUCCUCACCUCCAUGGCCACAGCUAGCUCUCUUUUCUUCAUCGCUUGUGUGUCUUUUUUGCAUUUUGCAUCAUUAAUUAGCCAUAGCAAACAUUUCUGUAGCUCCUUCUGUCAGGAACACCUCACAUUCACACCUGGCUCAGCUUUCUGAUUUCUCAUCCUCAUUGUUUACAGCAGACACUUUGACAUUCUUUAAAGACAAGCACACCAGCGCUUUAUCCCCGGCCACACCUCAUCUUCAAACUGUCAACGCUGCUUCUGGAGUCAAAACAUUUGUGGGAGUUUUUUUUUUUUUUUUUUUCUUCUUCUUUUGCCAUUAAUAAUAAUAUUUUGCAGCUUUCUCAUUCUUUUACGCUUAUUUACAUUUAUGAAAUUCAGACUGAAAAUAGAGGCUAUGCAUUGCCAAUUUGUAAUGCUGUUGAUAUGUGUAUUUUUGAAAAAAAGAAAACCCAUUUUUUUCAGAGACACAAGUAAAAAUGUUCUAUUUUUUAUAAGAAAUUACUUGAAGAUUUUCAGGUGAUGUGGGGGCGGGCUGGUUGAAUGAAAAGCACUUCCUCCUCCCAUGUGAGAAAUUCAGUGAUGUGUAAUGUUUCCAUGAUGUACAUAGUGUGUUCGUUUUUUUUUUUUUUGUUUUGUUUUUUUUUUAAAGAAGAGAUCUGUAUAAAAAAAACAUAUUUUUGCUUGUAAAGAAAACCCUGAAUACCAAAAAGAGACGAAAGCUAACGUUACACACCUGGAUACAGUAUAAAGCUGAUUUGAAGCUGACUUGUUCUCCUUUUGAAACAAAUUGUCUUAAGUUUCUUUCUUGAGUGUAAUCUACAAUUAAAACUGGUAUCACCUAGUUUACAUACAAA